AUGUUGGCUCCUAAGCAGUAUUCUGCGCCUACGAGUGCAGCUGCGUCCCAGACACCGACCGCUUACCACGCCAAUUCAUCACAAAGACCCGCGACGGCCACAAGAGCUCAGGAUGGGAUGGGGUUCGGAAGCCCAACAAAGUCGGAGCUUUCGGAGGGGCAAGAGGAUCUUGCAUCAGUUCGAGCGUGGGACGAAAAACGAGUGGUCGCCUGGCUUCACAGUAUCAAAUGCGGACAAUAUGAAUCAAUAUUCAGAGCGAACAAUUUCAAUGGGGAUAAUCUACUCGAAUGCGACCAAAAGAUCCUACAAGAAAUGGGCAUCAAGAAGGUGGGCGACCGAGUACGCAUCUUCGUCGCCAUCAAGCAACUCAGAAACAAGUCCGGAACGACAUCACGGCAGAAAAAUAUGGACACUUUAGCUGCACUCGAAGCCACGGCGCUUUCAAGUUCCUCCCGCAUUUCCCAUUCUCAUAAUCGCCUCCCUUACCGACGCACAUCUCAGCUGGCUGAUGAUGGAUAUCUGAACAGCAAACCGCUGUCUCAGCCUGCGUCGCCUCCCGGAGACUCUGAACGAGGAACAUGGCGCAAAGACUACCUUAAUCAUGGAUCUUCAGGCUUCAAUCCUGGCCGAAAUUCCGGUACUCCGAAUGAAGGCCGAAUAAGCUCCCAUCCUCGCAACCCUAGUCUUGACGCCCUCACAAUGGGUCCACUCCCGUCAAACUCUCCUGUCAUCCGUGUCAUCUACACUGGUGGACAAACCAAGGUCUUGGACAUUCGGAACUGUAGAACUCCGGAUGAAGUUAUUUUGUGUGUGUUGAGGAAACUACAACUUCCGGAGCAUCAGUUCAGAAAUUAUUGUUUCUACGUAUUAGAUGGGCUGGAUCCCGAGCUGUCAAACUGCCGGAGGCUCACCGAGCAAGAGCUCAUGGAGAUCUGUGAUGGAUUCAACAAGUCCGAGCGAGGUCGAUUGAUUCUACGGAAGAUCCAUGCUGGAGAGCCCGACCAAGACGAGCUCCGUCGUGCCUCUCAGCUUGCAUAUGAAGAAAGCCAGGCGACACAUCAGCAGGCCUUGAAUAAUUCCAACCAGCGCCAGAAGCAUAAAAUCCAGCAACUUACGGGUGAAUCCUGGCAUAAUAUUAAGCAGCCACUUUCUCCGCUUGGCCCUCGACAUCGCCCAUCCACCAGUGUUGACGAGUCGCAAUCACCGAGCAAUGAACGCAAUCCAGUGGCUAAACUCCGCUCGUUCUUCGGACAGAGACCACCAAGUGAGAUGAUUAUCCAUGAACUCCAGUCAUUCUUCCCAAGUCACGACCGAGAAAAUAUCGAGAAGACAAUGCGCAGAUCUCAACGUUUGAGCCGCGCGGCAAGUCGCAUGAGUGUUGUGAGCAACUAUAGCGUUGCAUCAAGUAUGAAAGACGCGCCUCCGCUGCCGCCGUUGCCGCAGCUACCUCCAAUCCCCAGUAUUGCCGAUGCUUGGUUCCAUGGCCCGGGAGUCGCGCAGGCAGUACGAGCCCCACGGCCUGUCUCCGUUUCCAAGUUCAACCUGCCUCAAGCAUCAUAUCGCGAUUCCAUCGCAUCUAGUUCCCUCCAGCCACUUCAGGAAGAAUCGCCCACUGAGCCGAACAGGAAGUCAUAUGUCUCCUUCGAGAGUGGCUCUGAUGAACCAAAUCUCUCGCGCGAGUCGCGGCAGAGCUUUGAGAGUCUCAGCGUCGCCGCCACAGAUGGUGGUUCCUUCAAUGAUCGGAUGAGCAUGAUCGUGGCCGAGGAUGGCGACGAAGAUGAUGAUGGUCUCCAGGAUUUCCUGGCCGGUAAUAACUUUGCCCCGAAGAACUGGAUGAAGGGAUCUCUCAUCGGUGAAGGUUCUUUCGGAAGCGUAUUCCUGGCUCUGCACGCCAUUACUGGAGAGCUUAUGGCUGUUAAGCAAGUUGAAAUCCCAUCUGCCACUAAGGGCACAGAGUUUGACCAGCGGAAGAACCUAAUGGUCAAUGCUCUCAAGCACGAGAUUGAGCUGUUGCAAGGCAUGUCCCACCCGAACAUUGUGCAAUACCUUGGCACAGUCGCCGAUGACCAGUAUCUGAACAUUUUCCUCGAGUACGUUCCUGGUGGAUCUAUUGCUACAAUGCUGAAGCAGUACAACACCUUCCAAGAACCCCUUGUUAAGAACUUUGUUCGACAAAUUUUGUCCGGUCUGUCAUACCUACACAGCCGGGACAUCAUUCACCGCGAUAUCAAGGGAGCCAAUAUCCUAGUUGACAACAAAGGCGGCGUUAAGAUUUCCGAUUUCGGUAUCUCCAAGCGCGUCGAAGCAUCCCACCUUCUCGGCUCCCGUGCCAGUGGCAGCGGUGGUUCCCAUAUCCACCGCACAUCCCUACAGGGAAGUGUGUACUGGAUGGCGCCGGAAGUCGUGCGGCAGACCGCCCAUACCAAGAAAGCUGAUAUCUGGAGUUUGGGUUGUCUUGUCGUCGAGAUGUUCAUUGGUGCCCAUCCCUUCCCGGACUGCAGCCAGCUGCAAGCGAUAUUCGCUAUUGGCAGCAACAAGGCUCGUCCCCCUGCUCCAGACCAUGUGAGCCAGGAGGCUGUGGAUUUCCUCGAUAUGACCUUCCAUUUGGACUAUGAGAAGCGGCCCAGUGCGGAUGAACUGCUCACAUGCGAGUUUUUGUCUGCUCCUAUAUCCUAA